AUGGUACAGCUUCUCGCUUCACGCGAGCACAAUGACGUCGUUUCAAAAGCCCUUGCGGAUCAAGGCAUCAAAUGGAAUUUUAUUCCUCCAUAUUCACCACACUGGGGUGGUAAGUGGGAGUCGGCAGUACGCUCAGUUAAGCUGGAUUUGCGACGUGUAAUAGGAACCAACGUCCUCACCUUUGAGCAGAUGCACACCCUGCUCUCGCAAAUAGAAUCUGUCGUUAAUUCGCGACCAUUGUGUACAGCAUCGGAUACUGAAAUUGCCUACCUGUCACCGGCACAUUUCUUAAUUGGCAGACCAUACACAGCAGUUCCUGAAGACAGCUAUUUGCAGAUUCCGACCAAUCGAUUGAGCUACUGGCAGCAUGUUCAAGCAAUGCUUCAAGGAUUUUGGAAGCGUUGGCAUCAAGAAUACUUGACAUCGCUACAACAGCGCCCGAAAUGGACCACCAAGUUACCAAACAUUGCGAUCGGUAAUCUUGUACUGAUCUUGUUCAUCGGCAUGGCUCUUAGGACGGGUAACUAA